AUCCCUUCCCAGCUGAUACUUACCCCCACACCCCUUCCCAGCCGAUCGUUCACCCUCACCCCUUAUCCCUUCCCAGCUGAUCCUUACUCCCUCAUCCCUUCCCAGCUUAUCCUUCACUCUCACCCCUCCCUAGCUGAUCCUACGCCUCAUGUCUUUCAAGCUGAUCUUACACCCUUGACAUUGACCUUGGUUGACCUUGUUUUCCCUCGCUUUCAUCCCACUCUCUUAUCCCUCUCAUGCCUCUUUCCACCUUCGCAGUGACGAGUGUAUGAGGUGUCCACAUGUAUAAGUGUUCCUGUCUGUGGGGACGUUGCAUAGAGGGCUGCCAGGCUUCUCUUUUGCUAAACCUCGUAAUGAUAUCUCUCGUGUGGGAUUGUGUUAUUGUGUGAAACUAUAUAAGUGCGUACAUGGUGAGAAUUUGUUAGAAGAAAUAAGUUUGUGAAUUCAUGACGUUAACACACACACACACACACACACACACACACACACACACACACACACACACACACACACACACACACACACACACACACACACACAACCCUCCCCCCUUUCACCUCCCCCCCACACGGACACAAUUACAUAGCGGAGGAAAAUCACUCCAAUAAUGGCAUGGCCCCGGGAGAUGGGUGACGUCAGUAAUGUAGCUGCGCGCCUCCUCCUCCUCCUCCUCCUCCAGCCCCGCUUAUAACCCCGCCCAAUGAGGAAGACGACCAGCUAAACCCAUGAGUUAUCUUACGUGGCUCAACGACUCACAGCCAGCUUCUCCUAAUUCCUCCGGCAGUGCGUCCGCUUGUAGACGUUGAAAAGAGAGCAGAUAUAUAUAAGAAUGGUGUGAAAAUAAAUGCAAAGCUAUGCCGGAUCUAUUGGUGAGGCGUAGAGAAGAGAGUGAGAGUGUGAGGACAAACAAAGAAAUGGAGAACCGUUGCAAAGACUGACCGAGUGAUUGACUGACUGACGUAGGAGUGAGUAGUGAUGUAGAGAGGCCUGUUAGUGAAUGCAUGGCGGGGUAAACAAAGGUCCUCCUGCAUCUGUUAAUAUUUGUUUGUUGAGGCGGAAAGACGAGAGUGAGAGUGAGGACUAACAUUGAAAUAGAGAACCCCUGCAAACACUGACUGACUGACUGACUGACGUAGGAGUGAGAACCAGUUAAUCAGUGGAGGGCAGGGUAAAGGUCAUUUUGCAUGUUAUUUUUAAUUUGGUGAGUUCUAGACUUUAUUUGUGUGAUAUUUUGUGACUAUAAUGAAGAAAUAAAAUAAAAAUGGCAAGGUGAAGUGUAUGGAAGACGGAGUAAAUGAAAUUAAUGGGAAUAUGUUUGUGUAAUAUUUUAACUUUUGCGAAGAAAUGAAAUAAAAAAAAGCAACGUGAAGUGUAAGGAAAGCGAGUGAAUGAAGCUGAUGGAGAGACUCGGAACUUUAUUGUCUGAUGUUCUGUGACUCUUAGGAAAAAACAACAACACAAAUAAAAGAUAGCAACGUGGAGUGUAAGGAAUGCGAGUGAAUGAAGCUGAUGGAGAAACUUCGAACAUUAUUGUCUGAUGUUCUGUGACCCUUAGGAAAAAACAACACAAAUAAAAGAUAGCAACGUGGAGUGUAAGGAAUGCGAGUGAAUGAAGCUGAUGGAGAGACUCGGAACAUUAUUGUCUGAUGUUCUGUGACUCUUACGAAAAAAAAACCCACACAAAUAAAGGAUAGCAACGUGGAGUGUAAGGAAUGUGGCGAGGAAACGAAAGGAGAUGAAACAGAACGUAGCGGGAGAGCAGCGUUUGAAAAGGACACCAUGACAGCGAUAACACAUGAUGAGAUGAUCGAAAAAGUGGAGCAGGCGGAGGGGGAGGAGGAAGAGGAUGAGGAUGAGGAUGUGAAAGAAAUAGAGAUCAGUGUGGACCCUGCCAAGGAGCCUCUGCUGUCACAACCCACCACCACCACCACCACCGAGGGCACUUUCAGGCUUCGCAACGUCUGCCUGGAGAGGAAGUCUGACCUGAGGAAGUCUUGGGCGUUGAUCUUGGCCUACUUGCUGACGGAGAUAGUGAAGCAACUGAGUAACUACGCGGCGACACAGGCGGACAGCGGCACCACGACCACCACCUCUACCGCCAUGCCUCCUGCGCUGAUGGUGCUGCUGGCUGAGCUGAUUAAACUGUUGCUGGUGUUGUGCCGUGCUGUGGUCACCAGGUCUCAGGUAUGGGCGUGGAGACCGUCGCUGAGGUUCGGGGUUCCUGCCGCCUGCUACCUCGCCACCAACCUGCUGUACCUGAAGGCCCUCAAGACCACCGCCCCGCCGCUCUGGCUCAUGCUAAUCCAAACCAGGACCUUCUACACCGCCGCUGCCUACCUGGUGGUGUUCGGGCGGGAGGUAUCGUGGGCCCAGCUGACGGGUUGCCUCUUGAUGGUGGCCAGCCUCCCCCUAGCACGCGCCGGGGAGCUCGAAGCCGGCCGCCCCGCCCUCCUCCCCUCAGUGCUAAUGACCUCCCAAGCGGCGGCCCUGCUCUCCACGGCGGCCUCUAUCGCGGUCGAGCUGCUGCUCAAAAAUGACUCGCGGAGCUUCUGUGAGCAGCAGACGUGGCUGUACUGCUGGAGUAGCCUGCUAGCCGGCGUCAGUCUGGCCCUGCAGCCCCAGCCACUGUCACCUGUCCGGUUUAUCCUGCAGGCCCCGUCCACGUGGUGCUGGGUGCUCGCCGUGAUGUCCUCCGUUGUCUCUGGCCUCUGUGUCCCCGUCAUCGUCAGAAACCUCGACACCAUAGCCAAGGACUACCUCGCCGCCUUCAACAACGUGGUGCUGGCUCUCCUCACGGCGGCCUUCUUCCCGCGACACUUCUCCCUCAGCGGCCUCUUCUUGCUCUCUCUCCUCGUCCUGCUUUGCGGCAUUUGGCUAUACGAGAGAAAGGCCUUCCCCCUCCCCGCCGCCGCCCUCAUGGCCUACGUCAGGUGCUCGUCAUCGUCGUCGCUGGCCAAGGCGUGACAGUAGUAUUUCGUUUUAUUAAUGCAUUGGUAGUCUAAAAAAGUUAUGGUCGCUAAUACUUCAGAUGGAAACGAUGGGUCUGUAGGGAGACUCCGGGAAAAAUACAUGCUCUCUCUCUCUCUCUCU